AUGGGCAUCAGCUCCAUGGAGUUAGCUGUUAACGAUAAUGGUUCAGGCAAGAAAAUGAUGGUUGCAAUCGAUGAGAGUGAAACGAGUUACUACGCUCUGAUAUGGGUUCUUGAAAAUCUCCAGGAAUCCAUCGCCAAAUCUUCAAAUCCCUUGGUUCUUUUCAUGGCUCAGCCACCUGCUAAAAGCGGCAAUCUUUUUGGUUCCUCACCCGGUUCUGCUCGUAUCUUCUUUAAUGCUUCUCCAGAUCCAGAAUUCAGUAAUGCAGUCCAAGAGCGAGAUCGAAUGAUCUCAGUUGGUAUUUUGGAGAAAGCAAAGAGCAUCUGCAACAGCUAUGGGAUAUGUCUAAUCCUCUCUCCAACUUGAGUUUGAAGUAUGCUUUGAGUAAUUUCCUUGUUUGACAUAUUUUCACAAUGACACAAAAGUAAACAGUUUGCACUAUCAAAAUGAUCCAUUUUUCCCUCUGCUACAACUAUAUGUUCUAAGUUGGUUUCAUUGAAUGUUUCCCUCUUUCUUCACUUCCAGAUGACUGAGACAAUGAUUUUUCCAUUUUCAGAUAAAUGCAGAAACAAUCAUGGUGAUCGGGGAUGCAAAACAGGCCAUUUGUGAUGCUGUGCAG